AGCGGGACAGCUGGCGCACUCGGGUCCUGCGCAGCCCCAGGUGCGGGUGGGGCGGCGGAGCAGGGCGCCCCCGAGAUGGACUCUGUGGUCUUUGAGGAUGUGGCUGUGAAGUUCACUGCAGACGAGUGGGCUUUGCUGGAUCGAGGUCAGAGGAAGCUCUACAGAGAUGUGAUGCUGGAGACGUGCAGGAACCUGUCUGCUGUGGACAAGCAGAAAUUUCAUAGCAGUGGAGAUCUGAGCCAAACGCAGGAAGGGCAUUUGAGAAGUCCUUUGGUGGAGGAUGUCUGUGAACGUAUUGAAGGAGAUCAACGUGGAGAAUCCCUGAAACCGGUUACAAGUCUUACUGUGCAUGAAGGGUGCCCCACUGGAGGCAAAUCCUGUGAAUGCGCUAAGUGUAGAGAAGCCUUCGCAGACGGUUCCUUCCUUGAGAAGCCGGGAAGAUCUCAGCCAGGACUCAAACCUAGUCCCGGUGAGGAAUGUGAGCCAGCUUGUAGCUCCAUCACGAGCCUCAGCCCUCAUGUGGACGCAGACCUUGUACAGAAAUCUGGUGAAGGUCAGGACACCGGGAGGGCAUCUAAGACAUAUGCGAAGAGACUCAGUAUUGAAAAAUCUCUAGAGUGCAAGAAACGUGGAAAAGCUUUAACCUGCACAUCUUCCUUUCAGGGUCAUGUGCGAAAUGACUGUGUAAAGAGAGUCCAUGCAUGUGAUGUGUGUGGGAAAACCUUCUUGUAUCACUCCUACCUUAUACGUCACGUGGGAACUCACAGUGGGGUGAGAAUCUCUCAAUGUCAGAAGUGUGGGAGAGCCUUCCGAUAUAAAUCAGGCCUGCGAAAACAUGUGAGGACCCACGCUCCAGAGAAACCCUAUAAAUAUCAGCCAUGGGGGAAAGUCUUCCCUGAUCAGCACUCCUUUCUCGAACCUGUGAGAAGACACACACGGGAUGAACCAUUGGAAUGUAAAGAGUGUGGGACAACUUUCGAGAAACAUCUACAUUUUGAACGUCACAUGACCACACACAAUGUGGUGAAACCCUAUGAAUGUCAGGAGUGCGGCAGACUCUUCAGGCAUCACCAGACCCUCCGAGUACAUAUGAGGAUACACACUGGGGAGAGACCCUAUGAAUGUAAGGAAUGUGGGAAAUCUUUCCGGAAACUUAAUCAUAUUAAACGUCACGUGAUCACUCACAAUACAGCAAAACCCUAUGAAUGUCAGGAGUGUGGCAGAGCGUUCGGGCAUCAGUCAUACCUGCGAGUACACAUGAGGACUCACACUGGGGAAAGACCGUAUGAAUGUCAGCAGUGUGGGAAAACCUUCAGGUAUGUUUGGAAUCUGCGAGAACAUGGGACGAUACACACGGGGCGGAGGCCCUAUGAGUGUCAGGAGUGUGGGAAAACCUUCAAGUAUAAGUCAUCCCAGCGAGGACACAUGAGGACACACAGUGGCGAAAGACCGUACGAAUGUCAGCAGUGUGGGAAAGCCUUCAAGUGUCAUUGGAACCUGCGCGAACAUGUGAUGACACACACUAGGGAGAGACCAUACAACUGUCAACGCUGUGGAAAAGCCUUCAGUCGUAAGUGCAACCUUGUAGUACAUACUGAGAGAUAUCACAUAGGGGACUGAACUUGGAAUAUAAGGAGGGAGGGGAAACUUUCAGGACGCACCCACCUUUUGAAUAUCACAUGACCACGCACAAUGUAGUGAAACCCUAUGAAUGUGAGGAGUGUGGCAAAGCCUGCAGGUAUCACGGAGACCUGCGAGUACAUGCAUGGACACCCUGGGGCAAAGCCCUGCAAGUGUCAGCACUGUGGGAAAGCCUUCACAUCUCCUUCAAACCUGGGAGCGCAUAUGAGGAUUCACGCUUGGGAGAGAUCUUAUGAAUGUCAGCAGUGUGGGAACGCCUUUAUCUCUCCUGCAACCUGCAAGUUCAUAGGAGAACUCACACUGAGGGAAGAUGUUAUGAGUGUCAGCAGUGUGGGAAGGCCUGUAGGUGUUCAUCACUCCUGCAAACGCACCUGCAGACACGCUGGGGAGAGACCUUUUGAGUGUACGAAGCGUGGGAAAGCUUUCAGUCAGCUGCAAAAUUUUUAAGGUCAUUUAAAAACACACAGCGCUAUUAAACCCUAUGAAUGUAAGAGGUGCGGGAAGGCGUACAGGUUCUCCUUAUCUGUUUGAGUGCACAUGAAGAAACCCCCUGGGGAGAGACCUUGACACAUCACCGCUCCCUUCAAGAACACAUGAGGCGGCACAGUGGAGAGUUAGCCUUUGUAUGUAAGGACUCUGGUAAGACCGUCCAGUGUCCCAAAGACCUGCAAGUACGUGUGAUGACCCUCAGUGGGCAGAACCUUAUGAAAGUCUUCAGUUCUCCCUCUUCCCUUCGAAGACACAUGUGGACGUAAGACCCAUGGAAAAGCCUUCAGGUAUCUCAGGAACCUGUGAGCACAGACACAGUGUGGGGAAGCAUUUCAAAUCUUACUGAAAAUGCGAGCCAGUACAAUGGAGAUGAUCCUGAAUGGACACAAUUUUGAGAAAUCUUCAGGCUCUGCCGCCAUCAUGAACGACACAACUAUCCAGACCAGGAAGUUCAUGACCAAUCGACUACUUCAGUGGAAACAGAUGGUCACUGAUGUUCUUCACCCCGGAAAGGCAACAGUACCUAAGACAGAGAUUCGGGAAAAACCAGCCAAAAUGUACAAGACCACACCAGAUGUCAUCUUUGUGUUUGAAUUCAGAACCCAUUUUGGAGGUGGCAAGACACCUGGCUUUGGCAUGAUUUAUUAUGAUUCCUUGGAUUAUGCAAAGAAAAAUGAACCCAAACAUAGACUUGCAAGACAUGGCCUGUAUGAGAAGAAAAAGACAUCAAGAAAACAGAGAAAGGAACGCAAGAAAAGAAUGAAAAAAAUCAGGGGAAAUGCAAAAGCCAAUGUUGGUGCUGGCAAAAAGAAGGAGUAAAGAUUCUGCAGUGACUAUCUGGUGCUUUUGCAGAUUUUUCAUGGGACGAUUAAUAAACUGAGAACUUUAAAAAAAAACACAGGAAAGUAACAAUUUCAAGUAACACUGGAAGUUGAUACCUAAAUUCAUGACACAGUAUAUGUAGUACAAACAUAUACAAACCAUGGGUUCAGUAUUGUACCCCCCACACUUCAUGUCCACGUGGAACCUCAGAAUGCAGCCUUAUCUUGAAAUCAGGUGUUUGCAUGUGAAGUGAAGAUGAGGCCAUACUGGAGUAGGGUAGGUCUUGACCCAAUGAUUGGUGUCCUUAUAAAACCUGGAAAUUUGGAUGCAGAGGCCUGCACUGAAGACAGGGCAUGACCUUAUGAGACAGGAGGAGGGAUUGGCAUGAUGUGAUUACCCGCCAAGGGAUGCAAAGGGUUGUGGAGAACCCCCAGGAGCUGGGAAGGAGGCCUGGACAGAUUGUCCUUCAGAACUUCCCGAAGGAACCAACUUUGCAGAUAACCUGAUCUCAGGCUUCCAGCCGCCUCAGUUGUGACACCACGAUUGUCUGUCCUCUCAGCCGCCCAGUGGGUGGCACUGUGUUACAGCAGCCCCAGGAGAG